ACUCAUCGCAUCAUCUACUGGUUCCCGAAGCGCCUGGGCCGGGCCGCCGAGCGACGACGACCUUAUACGAGACGGUCGAGUGGUUUCUAUAAGCGGUUGUGAGAGGAGUCGUGAGGACCUCUCCACCGCGGAGAGUGUAAGCCCAACAGUCCUCCAUUCAUCUAUCCAUCCGACCAUAGGACCAUCCAUCCAUAGCCCUCAGCUUCUCUGGCCAACGUGUAUAUCCUCCGCUGAGAGCAAAGUUGGGUCUACUACAUCUCUACCACUGCACGGCCCCCGAACCGCGAGUCCAAGGACUAAAAGACUCCACAGGAGUUUUCAGUCGGCCGCCGGCCGGCCGCCGGCCACUCCUCAUCACCUCCACCAAUUAACCCCGUCUGACCGUUGUCUAUACCUGCAAUUGUUUUUACUUUCGUUGACCUUCUCCGAUCAUGUCGUCGCUUAAUUCCGGAUGUCGGUCCUCCUCGAACGCGAGACUCGAUCUACUUCGAAACUGCAGUGAAUUCCGGGAUUAACCGAAGAUCAACGUACACGCUGGAGUGGAGUUUAAGUGCGCGGUUUCGACUUCAGCAGCUGUGAACAAAGUGAUCUCGAAGUGUCUGUAACCUACUGUCAUCAAAUUAUAUAAAUUAACUUGUAUAAGUACUAGUGCGCGGUAUUUGACGUGAAUUCCCGAAGGUUCUGCCAAACCGUCACAGUGUUAGAAAUGUGGAAAGUUGAUCACGACUCGGUGAUACGAACGUGAGAUAGGUCGAAAGCCAGGCGUGCAGCUUGGGCGAUGCGUCGGGAAUUGAGUAUUUAGCCGGAGCCAGUGUCCGUACUUAUUCGUGUUUUGGAAUUGUGAGGUGUGAGCUCGGAUUUGCGGGGCCGCUGGUAAACAGUUGAACGAGCGGAACGAGUCUCGGAAAUGAGCGGUAGUGGAGGUGGUGGUGGCGGUGGCCAAGGGAACAACAACGCGGCUUCUUACCACCAGCACCAUCAGCAGCAGACGCAGCUGGAGCAGGCCGGCCUGCUGCCGGACCUGAACGGUGUCGACCUGGCUAUGAGUUUGUCCCCAAAACAGCACCAGUCCCACGUUCAGACAGGCGGUGGCGCGCACACGACACCAUUCAGCGUAACCGACAUUCUCAGCCCGAUCGAGGAGUCCUACAGGAAGCUGGAACUUGCUGCGGCGGCAGCGGCAGUCGGCGUCGGGGUCGUCACCCACCCUCAGAGUUCACCCUACACAAACGCCUGCGGCGGCCGCGUCGCCGGAAACGCCGGAAGCUCCAGCGCUAGCAGCGGAAGUCCGCCGCUCCACGGCGGAUCCACUCCCGGCGGAUCGACGCCCGGUCCUCCGUUGGGGGGUGCUGGUGGUAACGGUGGUAUGGGAGCAAUGGGCAAUCCUUACGCGACCAUGCAGCUCACUUCGCAAUAUCAGUACUGUGCCGCAGAAUUAUCACCCUAUCAUCACGCCGGACCCGGCGGCGUCGGCGGAGGCGCCACCGCCUCCGACCCCAUGAGGUCUUCUCAUCAUCAUCCAUGGUACGCGCCCGCGCCACCGGCCACUAACGACCCCCGAUUUGCCAUUUCACGUUUGAUGGGAGCUGCGGCAGCGGGUGCCGGUUCUAACAUGGCGGGCUGUUCCGUCGGGCAGUCCAUGGGUGACAUGGGCAAGUCUUCGGGGAUGGGCGUCGGCGUCGGCGUCGGCAUGGGCGUCGGUGCGAUGCAGUUUCCUCUUGCGCAGCGACGAAAACGCCGCGUACUUUUUACCCAGGCUCAAGUAUACGAGCUUGAGAGAAGAUUUAAGCAACAAAAAUACCUCAGCGCACCUGAAAGGGAACAUCUCGCCUCGCUAAUUCAUCUCACCCCAACCCAGGUCAAAAUCUGGUUUCAGAAUCACCGGUACAAAUGUAAACGACAGGCCAAAGAAAAAGCCAUGGCAGAGCAGAAUGCGCAAAAUCAGAGCGCGAGUUCCCCUCGAAGGGUGGCCGUCCCGGUUCUGGUCAAGGACGGAAAGCCCUGCGGAAGCGGGGGCGGGAACGAGGGAAGCCGCGGCGGUCCCAGCGCCGCUCUGGCGAGCCCUGCGCCCCACAUGACGGCCGCGUCGAGCCCCCACGGCUCGCACCACGCCGCGGUCGUCUCGCACCACUCGGUGGUCGGCGUGAGUCACGUGAUGUCCUCGAGCCAGAGCCUGCAGCACUGUUCGUACACGAGGACGAACGCCCAGCAGAGCAUGCAGCAGCAACAGCAGCCGCAGUGCGGUGCCUACCUGCCGCUGCAGGGGAGAGCCUGGUAGUGCGCACCAUCCGCGGCGGGAGCUGCGUCCUACGCAAGUCCCCAGGUCGCUGGCCCUUGGGCCCUCGCCGCGGAUCCAGCCACUUGGUACGCCAUUCCCGACGACAGUCCUUAAUAAAGUUUGCUCGCCUCCUGCGGCAGCUGCUUAUCUCGCGUCGCGUAACGCCGGGAGAAAAGGGUGAAACUUACCAAAUUCAGUGUCCGACCGCGCAUGCGCGAGCGUCGUCGUCUUUUCGCGCAGGCUGGCCAACUCAAGCUUCAGGCGUCAAAUGUGGAUUGUGAAGAUGACGUAUGUAGGUGAUGCCAAUUUCUUUCGUUUUUUUUUUUUUAGAUAGACUAGGUCACUGAUUGAUCACUGAUCACUGAUUAUUAUUGCUAAAAGUCGUGGUAACAACGUAAUUUCAAUUCGCCACUUGACGCCGGAGAGUUUCACAUCUCGUGCCUCGUUUCAAGUAAGUUGGCUACCCUGCUUUGCAAAAGUAAAUAUCGCUGCGGUACGAUUCUCGCUGUCUAGUAGAGUUCAAUCAUUGUCCGCAUGCGCAGUCGGUCACUCGGCACGAUAAGUUUUACCGUUUCCUCGCGGCAUGAGUAUACCGAGGAGCCAUUCACUUGCAGAUAUCAAAUUAAUUAUUCCGGUUCACUGUUGACAUUGAUUUCAAGUGAUUUCUAGAGACUUCUAUCUCGUGGUCUGAUUUUCGUUUGUUUUCGGUACACCAAUCGAUUUCAAUUGAUUCCCAAUGUCAACUCUGAUUUUCAUUGAUUUCCUAGUGCUGUAAGCGGUUUCCAGUGAUUUUCCUGCUACACAGAAACAGAGUCGUUAGAAAAAGGCCAGAAAGCUGGCAAAUCAUAAAAUGUCAAUGGAAAUCAGUAGAAACAAUUAACAUCAGUGUUAAGAGUCAAUUAAAACCGUUUAGCGUUUACCGCAUGACUUGCAACAAUUGUGUAUCAUGAUUUCCAACGCUUACUGCGUGAUUUCAUCGCGACCUUAUCGUCUUGUGAUUUCAAGUGAUUCCCAGUGAUUUCGAAUGAUUUCAGUCAUCUCGAAUGAUUCCUCGUCAUUUCAAACAACAUUUAAGUGAUUUGAAUUCGUUUCUUCUGACUUUUAGUUCCAACUGUAAAAUGUAUGACUUUCCUAAGUGAACGGCCCCUCGGGGUAUUAUAGGUACGAAUUUAUACGUCGAUGCUGGAUUACAGUGUGCGUCUGACAAGUGCGGGGUCAAUGUUUGGUGAGUUUCGGACUAAUGGAAUAUAUUUCAUUACAGUUUUGCGCAGGGGGAAUUAGUUUGGCGUCUUUAACUGUGUGAUAAAGUUGGACGCUUCGAUAUACGACCUUUCGGUAUAAAGUGUGAAAUUUAAAAAAUCGAGUUACUUUUUUUUCCUUCAAGUUAAUUUCCAUCUGUAGUGUAAAAUAAAAUCACCGUGUGGCGAGGUGUGCUUUCCAUUAUUUAUAUAGUUGAUGAUACGCCGUUACUCUGAUCGCAAUCGUAAAUUUGUUAGGAAAUCCACUCCUGGUCUCCGCUCUCAUUCCUCGGAAAUAUGUAACCAAUUUUGGUAACUUUAUAACGGUUAUCUUAAUAAGCCAAGUCAAACAGAGUACCGCUUGUUUUAAAACCAACUCUCAACGUUUAUUUUUCUCUGAAAUCAUAUUUCCUCGAUAAAAUAUAAUGCAAUUACAAUCUGUCCAAAACCACACACCACGAACGAAAACGAAUUUGACACAGCCUUAAUUUAUUUUCGGACAGUGAGGUAAAAACCAGAAUUGAAAACGAAUCUUAUCGACGAUUACCUUGACGAUUGUAAGAAUAUUUGUCAUUUUUUUUAGCUGACAAAAAUUUCAUCAACUUUCGAGCCCAUAAAUUACGUUUUAAUCAUUAUUUCGUAGCACAAGUGUCUUGAAGAAACUGACCAAAUUUUUCUAAAAGCGGAGAAACAAAGUGAAAUCGCGCCAGUUUUAGGUGUAUUAUUUUGGUACUGCGAUCACUGAUUAAAUCUCGUGAACACUCAGUGGCCGCGAAGUCUAACGAUUUCACCUCUAGUCAAUACCCAAAUUUCUAAUACGUUCGUGUGGUGGGAUUUAUUGAAAAAUGAUUUUUGAUUGAUGAGAAUAAAUGGAGAAUUUUUUUCUUAAAUAGUCAGCAUUAAUGUCCGAAACAAACCGGUUGCCUCUCAAUUUUCAGUUGUGAAAUUGAAUUACUCUUAAGUGUAACUCAGACGAUCGUACCCGUAAAUUCCUAAUCCUCGCGAGAGUGACGAAAAUCGAACCAGGCUUUAAAGUGUGCUUAGUUAUAAGGGGACCUUAAUUAGGAAGAAUGGGGAAAUAUCGUGAAACGUAAAACGUGCAGAAACAUUGGCUGGUUUAUAAACAUAAAUAUAUAUAGUGAACACGAAGUGAGUAGCGUUCUAUUCAGACUGUCGAAAAUAGCACUCCAAGAGCUGUAGUGUCGUUGAUUUUGAACGAUUUUUCCAGUAACAAUUCUGAUUUUAUCAUCGGAUUCGGAUAUUUGCAGAGAAUGCAGAAGCGGUUUAUUUCGUUGAAGUUUUUUAUGUACCGAAAAAAAUAACAUGUCACACCAAUGAUUAACAUACACGUUACGUUUAUUACGGAAAUGUUGUGCAGAAUCGACUUAUAUAUUUAGCGUGAAAAUAAUAAUCGACCACACAGUCGCGUUAGACGAUUUAAUUACAUAUAACGACGUAAGUUGAAUUUAACAAAGUAAUUAGUCUCCAAGACUUUGUACAUAUUAUAUAUUAUAAACAAUAGUAUAAGACGCAAGAUUUUGUUCAACAAGAUUUUUCGACGCGAAGACAAGAUCGUUUUGUUUCAUUUAUAAUUCUAUACAUAUUUGAAUCUGAACAUAAUUAUUACGGGAAAUUAGAAUAUGUACAAGUUUAUAUAAUAUAGCAUCGUACAGCCUCGCAGGAACCCGAGGUUCUCGUAGGUUUCGAUAAAAAGUUUCAAAUAUUCCACUAAAAUAAAUAAUAGGUCGUCGAUUUGUAGCUAGAUUCAGGUACCUAAUUAAUAAAUGAGUAACAAACAUCGAAUAGGUUUUCACGAUGAUGCACAUGCAAAACUGGCCAAUUGAAUAUUAUAUGUAGAAACAGAACACAAAUCGGGAUAAGCAGUGAUUUUACAAUUACUUUACUGCACUUGCUUUGGGCACAGCAUAAUUCCGUAGGUGAAAUUGAACGUUUCAAUACGAUUAUAAUACGGCAAGUUACUUUCAAUUGGUCAGAUUUUUGUGCAUGGUCAUCGAUCAUUUUUACUUCUCCUACGCAAUUGUUUUCAACGACCAGUACAUUCAUAAACUACAUGAAUAUAGAUUACAAAAAUUAUGCAAGGGGGAGACUCUCGAGUGUAUAAAGUCAAAUCCAGCCGAUCUUUUCUUCUUCAUUGGAAAAAUAGUAUAUUAUGUAACCAGGGAAUAAAGUCGACUUUUAUUCCUGUGUUAUGAAUAGAAAUUUAUUUCCGACUCAACUCUGUCCGCAAUAUUUGUUCGAAAAUUUGGAAUUUUAAAUUGGGCUCAUAUUUCACGCUGAUUUGAAAUAUGAGAUCGUAUUUCCCGCAAAUCCGUUUUAAGGAAAAAUAUGCCACUUUCGUCCCGCUUUUGAGGUCAAAAAAGUUAACUUUAUGGUUCAUUCGGGAAUAAAAUGUAUUAUAGAUACGGCUAUAAAUGUUGCCGAAAUUUCGAAACACAAUCCGAAUUUUGAGGUACUUUUAUGUCCGUCAAACGAUUUCUCAUAAGUUCUAACCUGCAAAUUUGUAUACUAGAUCAUGUUUUUUUCCUAAUCAAGAGAAUUUAUCCUUUACAAAUUCAAUGAUUAAUUCCCUGAAAGGGAAUGAGAAAAGCGUAAAGCAUAAUGUAGAUAUUAAUUUUCACCAGCUGUAGAAGUUACGUCGCAUUGCAUCUUAACUAAGAUUAUAAAUCCUGGAUCUAGAUCACUGUAGAUUGAAGUAAAUAAAAAAAUUUGUUUGAGAAAACAAACAAACUCUUUUCUACGUCAAUUCGUUUUGUAUGAUGCACACAAAUAUAUUUAAAAUAAUAUUAUGUGCACAUAUAACAUAGUGUUUAGUAAUAUAUAAGAUUAUCUUGGAUAUUAUGUACAUAAUGUCUUUAAUUAUCAUUAUAUAUAUAGUUACUAACUAUUUCGUUUCGAAAAUAUGAGAGAGCUCGCAGAGUCCUGACAGUCAUCAGCAUGUUUUUCAGUAUAUGUAAUAUAAUAACUUACAGUAUUCAUUUCCACAUUUUGCUAUUCAUUUUUUCUUCAGAGAGAAAGUUACAACAUAAGAACAAAUAUACCGGGACAAUUUCUUGAAAUUUGAAAAUCAAUCGCGCAUGCGUCAAAUAGUUUAAUGUCAUUUGGUCGGCGAAAUCUUCCCGCAGCGAUAUUCUUGUCUGCUAUGCAGGCUGGCCAACGUACGCAAAAUAUGUGCUAGACUGGGCCAAAAAAAUUUCAAUUUUUUUCUUCAAUUUUAAUUGAGAAUAACUUUUGAAAAAUUAAAUUGAGGCAAAAAUAUUAAGAGAUCUUUUUUGUAGAACAUUAAAUUUCCUUUAAGAAUCUGUCAUGAUCUUUUUUAUACAUUCAUUGAUUCGUUAGUCACAAAAUUCCAAA